CGGAAGCUCUCCGCUUAGGGGGUGUUUGGCUUACCGUUUUUUAAGAAUCUCUCUCUCUCUCUCUCUCGCUUGCUCGCGGAGCAGUUCGAUAUUCCGAUGCCCCAAAAAUCCCAUUUACUCAAGUCUUCAAAUUAUUCCUCUCUCCGGAUCUAACCAGUGACAUCUGGAACAAAUUGGUUGAUAAGAAAGGGACCAUGGCUUGUGAAAAAUACCUUGCUAAAGAGUGGAAAUCCAUAUCUGCUGCACAAGCAGAACCCGAAAAUAUAUCCGGCUGCUUUGACUGCAACAUCUGCUUAGACUCUGCACAUGACCCGGUAGUUACCCUCUGCGGUCACCUUUACUGUUGGCCUUGCAUCUACAAGUGGUUGGAUUUCCAGGCCGCUUCUCUCGAUUCGGAUAAGUACCCACAAUGCCCGGUCUGCAAAUCUGAAAUAUCCCACACCACAGUAGUCCCCCUCUAUGGCCAGGGCCAUACCCCAAACGGAGCUGAACUCAGAAACAAGGCACCAUCUCUCAAUCUGGCCAUACCGCCGAGGCCACCGGCUUGUGGUACCCAAGCUCUUAUAGCUGCAUCCGAACUCACUCAGCAGCUUCAGUAUCAUAAUCCAUACCAGAAUCGACAACAUUCCCCUGAUCCAAUUGAUGGUUUUGGAGAAUAUUCUUCGCUGGAAACAUCUGGACAUAGCAGCCCUACAGCAAUGGGUGCAUUCCCCCCGACGGCAGGAGGGCUUGGGGAGAUGCUUUAUGCCAGAGGGUUUGGACACCCAGAAAGUUUAUACAUUCAUCCCAACUCUUAUCACCAGGCAGGAAGCAGUAGCCCCAGGUUGAGAAGGGAAGAGAUGCAGGCUAUGAAGUCCUUAAAGAGAAUUUUAAUUUUCCUCUACUUUUGCCUUAUUCUCUCUGUUUUCUUUCUCUGAUCAUUGCUUAGCCUCUCUCUGCCCCUCCCCUGUACAGUUGGUAAAAUUAUGCAACGCAGGCUCUGGAAUCAAUAUGCAUGGCUAGAUGUGAUUUUGCCUAAUCUGCUAGAACUGCAUCUAUAUAUAAGGAUGCUAACUUACUUUUAUCUUAAAUUUCUCAUCUUCGUGUAUGAGAUGAGAAGAUUUAUUGUUAUGGUAUUGUAAGAGUGGAUGAAAUGGAAGAAGCUUUUAAUAAAAGAUACAAAA